AUGUUAAGACAGAUUAAAAUACAUUUUUGGGUGCCUAAGACAUCUCAGGAAUCUUCUUUUCUGAAUGAGGAAAAUGGACAAGAGGCUGAUGACUUACUGCUUCAGGAUGUCACAGCAACUUCCAUACUUAAGUUUUUUCUUUUCCAUUCUCCAGGUCCACGGCUGGAUUUUGACCCUGAUAUUGUUGCAGCUCUUGAUGAUGAUUUUGACUUUGAUAAUCCAGAAAAUGUUCUGGAAGAUGAUUUUGUUCUACAAGCAAACAAACUAAAGGAAGGGAGAUCAGAUGCUGAUGAUGAAGAUGAAUGGGAAGAUGUGGAGGAUGAUAGUGAUGAAAAGGAUAGUUGUAGUAAUGAUGAAGAUUAUGAUUCAGAAGGCCCUUUGUCAAAUGAUGGGGUUAAUGACCAGGGAAGAGAGUUCCUGUUUAUGCAGGAAGAAACCAGGAGUCGUUUCACAGAAUAUUCUAUGACAUCUUCAGUAAUGAGAAGGAACGAGCAGUUAACCCUCUUGGAUGACAGAUUUGAGAAGUUUUUUGAACAGUUUGAUGAAGAUGAAAUUGGAGCCUUGGAUAAUGUGGAAUUAGAAGGCUAUAUUGACACAGACAACACUCGGUUGGAGGAAGUCUUGAGUGAUUUCUACAAAGAGAAAGCAAAGAAUUGUGUGAAAUUGGAUACUCUUGAACCGUUUGAAGACACUCCUGCAAAUGAAGACAGUGAUGAAGAAGAAGAAGAAAGAGUAGCUCUGGUUAUUGAGGAACCAAAAGAAAAGUGGGAUUGUGAAUCAAUUUUGAGUACAUAUUCAAACUUAUAUAAUCACCCAAAGCUUAUCGAGGAGCCAUCAAAGCCAAAGCCAAUAAAAAUUUCCUCAAAGACUGGAAUUCCCCUGCACGUCCUGCCUCAGAAAGGUCUUACUGCUAAACAGGUGGAACGCAUGCAAAUGAUUAAUGGCAGUGACCUGCCAAGAGCAUCGACGCAGCCCCGUUCCAAAAAUGAGAGCAAAGAGGACCGCAAAGCCAGGAAGCAGGCAAUAAAAGAGGAACGGAAGGAACGCAGAAUGGAGAAGAAAGCCAACAAGAUGGCCUUCAAAUUGGAGAAAACAAGGCAAGAAAAAGAGUUGCUCAAUCUGAAACAAAACAUGCAAGGACUGAAGCUAUCUUGAAAUUCAGGAACUUUCAUUGUGGAAACAUUGAUUUCAUCUGUACUGAGAAGGAAUUGCUAACUGAUAAGACUUGCCGGGCAUGCACAAAGAGGGUUAAUGGUAUUUGGUACAGCAAUAUCUGGCUUGUCAUUCUUUCUGAAGUUAUACCUUAAAUAAUGAAUUAAUGUCUCUUUUGUCGUGAGUGUCACGGCAACUGCUGCAAACUUUUGUUAUCCUAGAAAUGUAUUAAAAUUUUAAAAUAUAUUUUUCUUAUAAACUGUCGCUGAGGAGAAGGUGUCAUGUGUUGAAUGCAUUCAGCACUUCAGAAGAAUACUGCAGAUUUGAUCUGAUUCUUCCAUUAAAUUAUUUGAGUUUGUACAGAG